CCCUUCCAUCAACCUCUGUGAUCCUUUCAUCGAGUUCAAUCCAACAGCAUCCUCUCUAUAGCACCCGAUCCUGCAGCUCAUACGUUACGCAGCCUGCAAACGAACAGGAUGACUACCCGGUACCGCGUCGAGUGUUCGUCACCAAUCUCAUAUAUCGCGCAGUUGCCCGAAACCCGUGCUAAUAAUGGCUAGAUGCACUCAAGACCCAUCGCAGAGACCAGCUUGUACGUAAAUGACCUUGUCGGAUUUCGUAUGGAUGCUGAUUCCGCGUGGAUAGAUCGAAUGGAUCAAGGGUCUCCUUGCGGUUCCAUUUGUCCUCAACUCGCAACCAGCAGUCGAAUAUGACGGCACCAAUGGCCAGAGCUUGGACACAAUGGCGAGAUCGGCGCAGCAGCGAUAUGCUGAAAUCUUCAGAGAUGUCGAGGAUUUGAUACUCGAUCAUAGUUGGUUUCGAGCCCGCCAGACGGAAUACAAAUCAACUAACUCGGUGCAGUCAACCAGCAAGCUGUGUCGAACCCAAGGUCUAAACUUAACAUGCUGGUCCCUACCAUCUCUGCGUUUUUCACGCCUCUGGCUCUAGAAGAUGCCUUCCGAUACCAAGAUGCAAAGCGCGCCAUCUCCUCUCGUCGUUUUGUCGCCCCUUCGUUCAACGACAUCCGGCUGAUCCUCAACACCGCUCAAGUGAUGGCAAUGAUCCGGCCCAAGCCAUACAGACAACUGAAGAUCAAACUGAAUCCCGGGCUUGAACUUUUGACCUUCGAUGGUGAUGUCACACUGUACGAAGAUGGAGCAUCCUUACAUUCACCUGAGGCAAAUCCGGUCAUCCUACGUCUCCUUCACUUUUUGGCCCAGAACGUCAAAAUCGGGAUCGUGACGGCCGCCGGAUACAUGCAACCAGAGCAUUAUUUCAACCGACUAUCUGGUCUCCUUCUAGCUGUCAGGGCUUCAGAGCAUCUCAGCGCAGCUCAAAAAUCGAACCUUAUCAUCAUGGGUGGUGAAUCCAAUUUCCUCUUCGUGUUCGAUGAAAAAGAAGAGCACUGCUUGCGGUAUAUUCACCGGCGAGAAUGGAUUCUGGAUACCAUGAAACAUUGGUCGGAGUCAGCCAUCCAAGAGCUUCUAAACGAUGCCGAGUCUGCGUUUCAAUCGUGUAUUCGCACGCUUCGGCUGAAAGCCAAAGUGCUCCGCAAAGAACGAGCGGUGGGAAUUUAUGCAGCUGACCAGUCGAAGAAGCUCACCCGUGAACAACUGGAGGAGACUGUCCUAGUCGUACAGCAGGUGGUAGAGACCUCGAUCAACACGGCCAACUCUGAAAAACCUGCCGCGUACGCGGACAUCCCUUUUACCGUCUUUAAUGGAGGUGCUGACGUUUUCCUGGACAUUGGGGACAAGUCACUGGGGGUACAAUCAUGUCAGAAAUGGUUUGGGGGCAUUCCACCGUCUAGUACCCUACACGUGGGCGAUCAGUUUCUGAGCGGAGGGGGAAAUGACUUCAAGGCGAGAAGUGCAUGCUGUUGCGCGUGGAUUGCCAGUCCCGCAGAGACUGUGGCCCUGUUGGACGAAAUGAUAGCUCUGGGAAAGGGCGAAUAGGGGCUGCCUCGAUCGAGGUGGAUGGUUAUUACAAUCAGAGGUCGCGAACUCGAGAUGAACAAAUAGAUUCCGUGCCACCUGAUGCGUAGUCGCUAUGAACAGGGGCAUACGAAUAAUUAUGCUGAUCGGAGCGAGAAGCAAUCAAAGC